UUAAGACGAUGCAAGAAAAACUCAGAGCAACGCAGGCAAUCCUAUUGGAGGCUGGAGCAUGCGAAGCAGAAAGAGCACCGCCGGCGCGGCCGCCGGAGUCUUUUCGAAGACCAUUGAUAAUCCGACGCCCGUUCUUCACCAACCCCAACUCUGCUUUGAAGGAGAAAGCCUCACUCGUUUCCUCAAAUCAAUCCGUAGGGAGAUUGAAUCGGCAAGAGGUUCAGACGCAACUUUGCCUCUUAAGUUUUGGAUUAAGCAACACUUUGCAGUCGGAGUAAAUGAGGUCACGCGUGCGCUUGAGAGGAUGCCACCAAGUUGUGGGGCUAAAAUCUCAUCGGAGGAGCAUAUUCCGACGAAUCACGAUAACAGCGAAGUCGCCCAUGUCUGCCUUCAGGCAAUAUUGCUAGCAUCUGACUGCAACCCUCGAUGGCUGACAAAACAUCUGCCAGCUCUGGCUGCUUCAAGGAAUGUGCCGCUCAUCUUUAUAAAAGAUAAAAAGGAAGGUUCUUUAAGAUUAGGUGAGCUAAUUAAGCUGAAAACAGCAAUUGCAAUUGGAAUUAAGGCCAAGGGAAAUGCUGUGAAUGAUCUAAUUAAGGAGGUCAUUGGUGCCGGUGACAAGAUUGUUAGCAUAGAAACUUGAGAACUCGAGCUUCCUCAAGCUUUACUGGCCAGAUAUUAAUGCUUUUCUCUUAGUUGGUGCAGAGUCAGAGUAUGAGGUGAUUCGUUCAAUUUGUUACCAUAAAAGCAUAAAAGGACUAUAAAGUACAGGCAGUUGAAUAUUGAUGGAGUCCCAUUGCUCAAGGUUGAGGAAACCUUGGAUAUUUUCUGGGUACACGGACACACGUAAGCUACCACCGCAUGUCUGGAUGCAGUAAUAUGAUUUUGAGCAUUUUGUUUCUGUGAGGAACAUGUACAUAGAGAUUGAUUUAAUUGUAAUUUUUAUUUUGUUAGUAGUUUUGGAUUUGACUAGUUUCAUCUUACUGCUGCAAUCAUCCCUAUUAAAGGGUUAACUACAUGUCUAUCAUCUGGGUACUUAAGAACAUUUGAGUUUGACCACUGAUGAUAUGAACUGAAUAUUUAA